AUGGAUUCGAGUUACUCUGAUUCUCGUCCCAUGUACGUGCAAUCGCCGUACGGUGGCUGGAAUCAAACCCAGGCGAUUGAUCCGAUGGCUAAUCCGAUGAACAACGAACAAGGCGACUUGCAUUCGCAAUCCGAAUCACAAUCUCAGCCUCCUCCUCCUCAUCAGUUACAGCCUUCGUUAAAAAGGCCAAGACUUGUUGAUGACAACUCGUUCAAUAAUCAGGCUUCGUCUUUUCCUCCGACGAGUAACAACAAUAAUGUGUGGAUGGUUCCAUCGCUAAACCCUCCUCCUCCGGUGAACAAAGGCACGGCCAACAUCUUCUACAAGACGAGAGUGUGUGCGAAAUUCAGGGCUGGGACUUGCAGGAACGGAGAGCUCUGCAAUUUCGCUCACGGCAAUGAGGAUCUUAGGCAGCCUCCGUCGAAUUGGCAGGAGAUUGUUGGACCUCCUGUGCAAGACAGAGAGAGGGAAAGAGAAAGAGAAAGAGAAAGAGAGAGGGAAAGAGAGAGGGAGAGGGAAAGAGAAAGACCUUCUUCGGUGGUUUCUGUUGCUGGGAACAAUUGGGAAGAUGAUCAGAAGAUCAUCUUGAGGAUGAAGCUUUGCAGGAAGUUUUGCUUUGGGGAAGAGUGUCCUUAUGGUGACAGAUGCAAUUUCAUUCACGAGGAUCUCUCCAAGUUCCGUGAGGACUCUGUGAAGCCGAGGGAGAGCUCUGUUAUAAGCGUUGGUACCACUGAGCCACAACAGUCUGUUGAGAACGGUGCUGCUUUUGCUUCUAUCAAUCAAGUCGAUGUAAAUAGACAAGGAGGCAACAUCGUCCCUGUACCUCCUCCACCUAUGAACAGUGGUGGUGGUAUCAAGACUGUGUACUGGAAGACGAGGCUGUGUAUGAAGUUUGAGACUGGUCAAUGUCCUUUUGGCGAUAAGUGUCACUUUGCUCAUGGCCAAGCAGAGUUGCAUCAAUCUGUUGGAAGAGUUGAAGGAGAAGCUGUGAAUGCUGCAGUAGCGUCUGUGAGUAAACAAGCGGUGGUGGUGGGGCCUGCAAACGAAGCGUUUGCGAUGAAACCGAGUGCACAAGUGGCGGUGGAUUCUUCUGGACUUAACGAUGAAGGGAGGCGGAAGAAGUGUUUGCUCAAGUGGAGUGACUCCAAGAAGAUUAAUCGGAUCUAUGGAGAUUGGAUUGAUGACUUGCCGGUGGGUCAAACGUCGACAAAUCCAGUGGAGAGUUGA